UUCGCUGCUGUAGUGAGCAUCUUUCCUCGCAUCACGCACAGCCUAAGAGCUGAAAGACUGCUAUAAUUCUCAAGCAAGAGAUUAAGGUUUGUCAUGAAGACAUAUACUGUUGUUGGGGCAAGAUUCCAUGCAUUCUGUCCAAAGACCCUCCUUUUACAGAUGGGGGUCCAGGAUUAAAGAAAAUCCAGAGAAGAUAUUUGAAGCGUAUGCUGAAGUAACGCAUCCUGACUCCAGUGGUUCAGAAAAUGGCUGUGUCUGUAGUCCCAGUGCAGGCGCUGACAAUGGCUAUCCAUCUGUUUCUGGCUGGAAGCGUUUAUGGAGGUGCCUACUACCAAAUGAAGCAGGUUCCACAGCAGGUUCCACAGAUGCAAAUGCACGGACAGGUCCCACACAUGAUGCAUCUUAGGAAAGAAGGCCCUCGCAUGCAGCACAUGGGCAAGGAGAUGCCACGCUUGCCCGUGCAUAGAAAAGAUUUGCCAUAUAUGCACCACUAUGGAAAAGAACUUCCUCAAAUGCAUGUGUUUGGAAAAGAUGUGAUGCCUCAGAAGGAAGCAAAGGAAAUGAUACCAACAUUUCCAAGUGCAAUGAAAGGUGAAAAGGGUCCAUCAGGAGAGCCUGGUGCAAGAGGACCAAUUGGACCACCUGGCCUGCCAGGAAUACCAGGUCGUGAUCUUCAAGGACCAGUCGGAAAACCAGGUCUGCCAGGUCAACCAGGCUUUCCAAGUGUUGGGAAGCCUGGAAUGCCAGGAAUGCCAGGUAAACCAGGAGAGAUGGGAUUGCCAGGUCGCAAAGGUGACAUGGGACCAAAAGGAGAACAAGGGCCAAUGGGACCACCAGGACCACAAGGACUACCAGGUCCUUCUGGAAUGCCUGGACUGGGGAAGCCAGGUAGACCAGGAUUGCCAGGAAAACAAGGGCCAAGAGGAGAGCCAGGACAGAAAGGAAUGCCAGGAUUGCCAGGUCCUGUAGGGCCAAAGGGAAUGCCAGGAAUAGGUGUAGCUGGAUUGCCAGGCUUAAGGGGGCCACAAGGGCCACCUGGGCAACCAGGCCCUGCAGGUCUACCAGGCAUCUCAAAACCCGGCUUAAAUGGUCUUCCAGGAGCUCCAGGAGCCCCAGGCAAACAAGGAUUCCCAGGUGAACCAGGAUUGCAAGGUUUUCCAGGGCCCCGCGGUGUCCAAGGACCUCCAGGGAUGCCAGGUAUUGGAAAGCCAGGUCUAGGUGGACUUCCUGGUCAACCUGGCUUUCCAGGGGCGAAAGGUGAAAAAGGACUACCUGGUUUACAAGGGGCCCCAGGAAUGCCAGGAGUAGGAAAACCAGGGUUUCCAGGGCCAAAAGGUGAACGUGGUCAGGCUGGGCCUCCGGGGAUGCAGGGAUUUAAAGGUGAGCCUGGGGUUGCUGGUGCUCCUGGAAUUCCUGGUCCUCCAGGUGCAAGAGGACUGCCAGGGCCUCAGGGUCAAAUCGGGCCUGUGGGUGGCUUAGGUUUCCCAGGAGUGAAAGGAGAGUAUGGGCAGCCUGGUGCUCAAGGUCCUCAAGGUCCAAAAGGAGAAGCAGGUGUCCAGGGAUUGCCAGGCAUACCAGGAUAUCCUGGUGAAGAUGGACAACCAGGUCAACGAGGAUUGCCAGGACCAAUAGGACCAAAAGGAGACCUGGGGCAGAAAGGCCCAUCUGGUUUACCUGGACGACCGGGACUACCAGGAUUGAAAGGGGAAAUCGGGUUUCGUGGAGAGAAAGGUAUCCAAGGCCCCACUGGAAUACCAGGGAUUGCUGGUCCAGGUGGUCCAAUAGGGCCACCGGGUCUUCCUGGGCCGAAAGGAGAGAAAGGACUACCAGGACCACCAGGGCUACCUGGUAUAGGGAAACCUGGAGUUCCAGGACACAUUGGACCAACAGGAAAACCUGGACCAGAAGGUCUUCAAGGAUUAUCAGGCGCACCGGGCCCUCCUGGCCCUCCAGGACCUCCGGGCCCACCAGGCCAACCAACUGAUAUAAGACAGUUUCAACUUCCAGAGAUGGGGCCAGGAAUUGAUGGCAUUAAGGCACCACAAGGAUACGCUCAACCAAGUAAAAAAGGGAAACCUAUAGGAAUUAGUCCAGAAAUGCCUGCAUUCACUGCUAAGCUAUCAAUGCCUUUCCCGCCAGCAGGAUCUCCUGUCAAAUUUGAUAAAAUCUUAUACAAUGGCAGACAAAGCUACAAUCCACAAACUGGCAUUUUUACAUGUGAGAUACCAGGAAUUUAUUAUUUUUCAUAUCAUGUUCAUUGCAAGGGUGCUAAUGUAUGGGUAGCAUUAUAUAAGAACAAUGAACCACAAAUGUAUACAUAUGAUGAAUACAAGAAGGGGAUUCUUGAUCAAGCUUCUGGGAGCUCAGUUCUUGAACUAACGCACGGUGACAAAGUCUGGAUGCAGCUUCCAUCUGAACAGGCAGCAGGACUUUAUUCAGGCCCUUAUGUGCAUUCAUCUUUUUCUGGAUAUUUAUUGUAUCCAAUGUAAAAAUCAAAUGUAAACAAGUAAAGCUUUUAAAACAUGAUCUUUGUUAUCUUACAAAAGUUAAAUUUUCACUACAAAAGCAAUUGCUGACAUUUGUAGGAUGAUUAACUGUCAUUCUUUCUUUGAUGGAAGGCCAUUGCUGGGAGAACCCAAAGAAUGAAUAGACUUGUCUGUUUUACACAUUCUAAAUGCACAUUAAAGUGUUGUGAAACACAGAAUAAUACACCAAGACGCAAGAGUGGACUCAAAUCAAUGAAAUAAAAAUGUACUUGUCCUGCCAUGAGCCCAAAGUUUAAGUUUGCAGAGCUUCUCAAAAUCAACUCAAAUCUACACAAGAGAGCUGUUUUGAACAAUUGCAGCUAAUUUUCCAAUUACAAUCAGAGUUAUCAAAAUCACACUCAAUAUAAGAAUAGAGUCUAAAUAGCACAUCAAUGUAGGGGGUAUUUAAUUAAGUUUGGAGUUGAGGUAGGUUUUCGGUUUAGUGUAAAUACUUCACAUCUAUAUAUGAUAUACUGAAAUGGUAUAUCUUACCUGCUUUAUACACUUACUGGGUGCAACAGAGAAAAAAUGUUUCAGUUCUCAGGAGCAAUACGGUCUCUUUAUGAGAGCAAAUUCACACAAAAAAAACUUCAAGAAAAUGGCUGGAUUGCAAAAGAGGGAAAAGGGAUAAAAGACUAUUUUCAUCUACAAAGUAUGAUUAAACAUGAACAAAUUAUUGUGGUAUCUCCUUCAUCUAGUAAACAGUAAGGAGGUAAUAGCAGUACAUCAAGGAUUUAAAGCAGCCUACCAUGUACUGAGCGGCAACGUCUUGUCAUCCACCACCACAGUGAAAAAAAA